CAAUGUUAACUUGUGUUUCCUUUGAAUGUUGAUUGUAAUUGGAAACAAUUUAAAUUGUUUGUCUUUUCUUUCCUUAAAUUAUUAUUAUCAUUUCUAAGAACUAACAAUCAAUCAUGUUAAUCACUCGUCUUUGUAAUCAUCAGGUAAUUUUAUCUAAAUCAUUGACAUCGGGUUUUGCCAGGCCAUCUUUUUUUAGAAAUUUGAUUAAUCGUCGAGGAUCAACUUCGAUAACACCUUCGGCUGAGCCUUAUAAUAAAUUUAUUGGACCCAAAGAGCGAAAGAGAAUCGGAAAAUGGUUGCUUUGUGUCGCCGGUGCUUCGUUUGGUACCGUUGUUAUUGGAGGAAUCACUCGAUUAACCCGAUCAGGUUUAUCGAUGGUUGAUUGGCACCCGUUCAAAGAGUUUCCACCUUUUACCAAGUCAAGGUGGGAAGCGGAAUGAAAAUAUAAACAAUUCCCCGAGUUUCAGUUAGCAAAUCAAGAUAUGACUUUGGAACAAUUUAAGAAAAUUUGGUUGGUAGAAUUUCUUCAUCGAUCCAUGGGAAGAGUAACUGGGUUGGUUUACUUAGUGCCGUUUACGUACUUUUGGUUAUUCAGAGAGUUACCUCGACCUUUGAUGCAUAAAUUGUUUGGUAUUUUAGGAUUACUUUUGUGUCAGGGUUAUCUUGGUUGGUAUAUGGUUAAAAGUGGCCUCGAAGAAGAGACCGCAAAGAAAUACAGUCACCCACAUGUUAGUCAUUACAGAUUAGCCGCUCAUUUAGGUACAGCAUUUGUUUUCUAUUCAUUGGUACUUUCAACGGCAUUUGAAUUUCUCUUGCCACCACAAAAGGUGUCCAUAACUGCAAGACACUUAUUUUUCCGUAAGAGUUUGGUUGGUUUAACUGGGUUGAUCUUUGUCACUGCAAUUUCGGGUGCGUUUGUUGCUGGUUUAGAGGCAGGAUUAGUUUACAAUUCGUGGCCCAAGAUGGCUGAUCGUUGGAUCCCUGACAUUGAUGCUAAAGAUCCUUGGUACGCUAAUAUCACCGAAAAUCCAACAACUGCUCAAUUUGACCACCGCCUUCUGGCUCAUACCGUCGUACUCAGUGUUCUUGGUCUUUGGCUUUACUCUCGGCGUCUCAAUUUACCACCUCGUUCUAGACUUGCCAUGAAUGUUUUUCUUGGAGCUGCAGUGGCACAAGUCACUUUGGGAGUAGUCACUUUACUUACCUAUGUACCUAAACAUUUAGCGUCUUUACACCAGGCUGGAGCACUCGGAUUACUUUCCUCUGCCAUUUGGGCGACACAUGAAUCAAAACUUUUUAGAUUGAUACCGAAAUGAUAAAUCGAUGACUAAUAUA